CAACAGGAAAAGUUGUGCACUACUAUGGGUUUGGUUUGAUUUUGUACAGUGAAAGUAUAGCUGUGGCGUGUGUACAAUGCCUGUCCAAAGUGUGCCUGUCCGGGAUGCAUCCGUUCAUUUCAGUCUUCUUCAGCAGUAUCUCAUGCUCCUCAAGAAAUACCCCAUACUCACAAAAUCUGUAACGAGUGGCAUCCUAUCAGCAUUAGGAAAUCUUUUAUCUCAAAUUUUGGAGGCAAGAAAAAAGGCCAGACAUGGAGCAGCAGCCACAGAGAUUGACAGAGCUGGGGCAGCCAGAUAUGCCAUAUUUGGGUUACUCUUCACUGGACCUCUGAGCCAUUACUUUUACCAGUUGAUGGAGGUCUGGAUACCAACCACUGACCCUUUCUGCCUUGUCAAGCGUCUGCUCUUGGAUAGACUGUUCUUUGCUCCUGCCUUCCUUUUUCUCUUCUACUUUGUUAUGACUGUCCUGGAGGCAAGAGGGUGGAGUGACUUUGAGAGAAAAAUGAAAAGUAGUUACUGGACUGCUUUAAAAAUGAACUGGAAAGUUUGGACUCCAUUCCAGUUUGUCAACGUCAACUUUGUACCUGUGCAGUUCAGAGUGCUGUUUGCCAACGUCAUUGCCUUCUUUUGGUAUGCCUACCUGGCAUCAGUUAGGAAAUGAAGCCAUCAAACUUAAAGUCAGAAAUACUGGCAACACCACACACUUUUCUAAUUUUAAUAAAAUUAACAUAAUAUACCAGAACCUUUUUGCUUCUCUAACACUCAAAGAUCAAGUCAUCUUAGACCUAUCUAAAAGAAAGUGUUGUAUUCCAUUUGUGUUUGAGCUACUGUUAUACAGAUUUAUUACACAUUUUAAAAUAUGCCAUUUGCUAAACGUGCCUUGUGUAUUUGUAUAUGAUACUGAUAUACUUAAUGAGCCCUUAAAUGUUCAGUAAAGAAGAAAGAAUGUCCCUCUUAAAUUAAAUUAACUUUAUUUAGUCAAAGAGAAUAAACACUGAUUUUUAGUAAUAAGGUGCAGUUAUAUAAACAAGUAAACUUAGCAGGAACAAGUGAAAUACAAUAAAUCAGAGAAAUUAAAUAAAAAUAAUUCUA